CGCAAACUUAGAACAUAGUCGUGCGUGAAAAUACGGAUUCUAACAGUUCGCGACCUGUUGCAAGUGUUGCCAGUGCACAUUACUUUGAUAGUGUUUAUUAAUUGUAAAGAGUGCGUGGGAAUCUUGGACGAUCCAGGGGCGCCAACAUGAAUAACAAAGAAACCAGGAUAGAGAAGAAGAAGCUGGUUGUCUGCAGCAGGAACUACCAGGACCGCGAAAAGGACCUGUUCGAUACGCUCCAUUCUAAGGGGAUAAAGGAGAAUACAACAUGUUCAAAUCAAGUAUGUUUGGGCAGCAUGAUGGCCCAACCAGGCAGAAAUGAACUCAGAACUCCAUCAGAAGUUUUGAAGCAGGCGAAGGACUUUCUAGAUCAGUACUUCACGUCUAUCAGAAGAGCCCAGAGUCCUGCACACACCGUGCGAUGGGAACAGGUACAAAAGGAAAUCGCCGCGACCGGUUCUUAUCAACUGACGGAGACAGAGCUCAUCUACGGUGCCAAGUUGGCCUGGAGGAACUCGGCAAGGUGUAUCGGCAGGAUUCAGUGGUCCAAGCUCCAGGUGUUUGAUUGCCGAUAUGUGACCACCACAAGUGGAAUGUUCGAAGCGUUGUGCAACCACAUCAAAUAUAGUACCAACAAAGGCAAUAUUAGGUCGGCCAUAACAAUAUUUCCCCAAAGAACAGACUCGAAGCACGACUAUCGCGUCUGGAAUUCACAACUGAUUAGCUACGCAGGCUACCGUCAGCCCGACGGGUCGGUCAUAGGAGACCCACUCAAUGUGGAGUUCACAGAGGUAUGCCUCAAGCUGGGCUGGAAAAGUACUGGGGGAAGAUGGGACAUUCUUCCUUUGGUGUUGUCCGCCAACGGACACGAUCCCGAUUACUUCGACAUCCCCAAGGAGUACGUGUUUGAGGUACCCAUCACACACCCAACCUUGGAGUGGUUUGAAGAUCUUGGUUUAAGGUGGUACGUACUGCCAGCAGUAUCCAACAUGAUGUUUGACUGUGGAGGUAUCCAAUUUACCGCAGCACCCUUCAAUGGGUGGUACAUGAGCACUGAAAUCGGUUGUCGAGAUCUUUGUGACCCGCAAAGACUUAAUAUGAUGGAGACCAUCGCCUUGAACAUGGGCCUGGACACCAGGACCCCAGUGACCCUCUGGAAGGACAAAGCUAUGGUGGAAGCUAAUCUGGCCGUCCUCCAUAGCUUCCAACAGAAAUGCGUCACCAUCGUCGACCACCACACGGCUUCUGAGUCCUUCAUGAAGCACUUGGAGAACGAAGUCAAGCUUAGAAAUGGUUGUCCAGCUGAUUGGGUGUGGAUCGUGCCUCCCUUGUCCGGUUCAGCUACACCGGUGUUCCACCAGGAGAUGGCGCUGUACUACCUGAAGCCGUCUUAUGAAUAUCAGGAGCCCGCAUGGAAAUGCCACGUAUGGAAGAAAGGACGAGAUUCUGGAAAGAGUAAGAAACCUCGAAGAAAAUUCCACUUCAAGCAAAUUGCCAGGGCUGUCAAAUUCACGUCAAAACUGUUCGGCAGGGCUCUAUCCCGCCGUAUCAAAGCUACGGUUUUAUACGCCACAGAAACAGGUAAAUCGGAGGGAUACGCCAAGAAACUGGGGGAGAUUUUUGGACAUGCCUUCAACGCUCAAGUGUACAGCAUGCAAGACUACGACAUCUCUAGUAUCGAGCACGAAGCCCUUCUCUUGGUCGUCACUUCCACAUUUGGUAACGGAGACCCUCCAGAAAACGGAGAGGAGUUCGCGAAAAAUUUGUAUACCCUAAAAAUGAACGAAAAUGGAAUAUCUAAUGGAGAUCCAGAAAAAUUAAGUAUGGCUACAUCGAAGUCGUUUAUUAAGGCCAACAGCCAGAGCGAAAUAUCGACGGUCAGUAAAAAAUUAGACAGGUUGAAUUCACUACGAGGGUCCGUCCUAAGCGAGCCCUUGAUUGAAGAUACGUUCGGCCCGCUCAGUAACGUUAGGUUCGCUGUUUUCGCUCUUGGAUCCAGCGCAUAUCCUAACUUCUGUGCUUUUGGAAAAUACGUGGACAACUUACUCGGGGAACUGGGAGGAGAGAGACUGCUGAAAUUAGCCACAGGGGACGAAAUGUGUGGCCAGGAGCAAGCCUUUAGGAAGUGGGCCCAACAAAUCUUCCAGGUGGCUUGUGAAACCUUCUGCCUCGACGACGACGAUGCUUUCUUGGAGGCAACGAUGUCCCUUCAAAGCGAAUCUUUAACUGCCCAGAAUGUGCGCUUCUUAGAUUCCAAACCAGAAAACCUUGUAGCAGCGUUGGCGAAGUGCCACAAUAAGAAGGUUUCUGCUCUAACGUUAACAAACAGGAAAAAUCUUCACGGGGAAAAAUCUCCAAAAACCACUCUACUGCUUCAGUUCAGGAACCAUCUGCCGUACAAACCUGGAGAUCACUUGGGUGUUUUCGCCAAGAACAAACCCGAAUUGGUGGAAAAGAUCAUUAAGAGGCUUAAGGGGGUUAAUGAUCAAAAUUCGUCGGCUAUUCUUCAAUUCUUGAAGGAAACGCACACUUCAAAUGGCGUUGUAAAGAACUGGAAACCUCACGAGCGCCUUCCAUCUUGUUCCAUAAAAGAACUAUUCACCAGAUAUCUCGAUAUAACCACACCACCAACACCAAACUUGUUACAACACUUUGCUUCAAUCGCUACCGACGAAGAGGAUCAACGAAAAUUGAACUUACUUGCCACUGAUUCUGCCGCGUAUGAAGACUGGAGGCAUUGGAGGUUCCCCAACCUCCUGGAAACACUUGAGGAAUUUCCUUCUGUUACACCUUACGCACCGCUUUUGGUAGCCCAACUCGGCAUCCUACAACCCAGGUUUUACUCCAUUUCUUCUAGUCCUGCGCUUCAUCCAAACGAAGUACAUCUAACUGUAGCAGUUGUAGUGUAUAAAACAGAAGAUGAAGAAGGCCCUACACACUAUGGAGUGUGUUCCAAUUACCUUCAAGAUGUUCCUGUAAACGAAGACGUAUACGUUUUCGUGCGAAGCGCACCAAACUUUUACUUACCAAACGACUCAACAAGGCCCAUCAUCCUGGUUGGGCCUGGUACCGGAGUAGCUCCGUUCAGAGGCUUCUGGCAGCACAGAUACGCCCAGCUGAAGCAGAAGCAGAAACUGGGAAAAGUGUGGCUGUUCUUCGGUUGCCAGACAAGAGAUAUGAAUUUGUAUGAAGAGGAAAAGGCUGAAAUGGAGAAAGUUGGAGUACUGGAUAGGGUCUUCUUGGCUUUGUCGAGAGACCCGAAUAUACCAAAGACUUACGUGCAGAACUUGGCUCUGAAAGAGGCUUCAGAAAUUUACAAAUUUCUGGUACUAGAAAAGGGUCAUUUCUACGUGUGUGGUGACUGCACUAUGGCAGAGCACGUUUACCAGACUUUGAAGGCUAUUAUCCAAAAAUAUGGUGGCAUGAACGAGAGUCAAGUGCAGUCCUACAUGUUAUCCCUAAGGGAUGAAAACAGAUACCACGAGGACAUCUUCGGAAUAACCCUAAGGACGGCCGAAGUUCACAAUAGGUCCAGGGAAUCAGCGAGGAUAAGGAUGGCCUCAGAACCUUAGCCUUAACCAACACAGUACACCUUGAGGCAAUUUUAAAAUAAUUAAAUAAGAACUAAUUUUUACUAAAUCUACUCUUAUCUCCUGCAUCUACAGUUAAUCUAUAUUUUAUUGUAGAGAGAUGCAGGAAUGGCAAUUUUUAAAUAUCUAUAAGUAUACCAGUUGCGGUAAAUACCUAUUUCAUUCAAUUUUAGUUCAGUGAACUAAUAUAUCCAAAGAUAUGUUACAUAUUUUGACGAUUUGUAUUAGAGUAUUGAUUGACAGCACUCUUAUUGGGUAUCAAAAUCUUAAUCCGCUGAAGCUGUUUAAUACAGUGCAUUGUUGGUUGCUUGCUACAUAUUUCGAUUUAAUCAUCAUGAUUUUUGAAGAUAAAAAACGAGUUGUGCUCUUGUAAAAUCAAUAUUCUAAUAUAAGUUAUUGUUAUAUUUAUUAUAUUUUAUAAUGAUUUUAAUCAUUAACUGUUAGAUACUUAUUAUUUAGAUUAUUUCAUAGUUUAUACAAGUUUACAUACAAUUAGAUACCAAAAAAUGGCACAGAACUGCACAUUCUUAUAAAUAACGGCACUCUUAAAAUAUAUAGCCUGUUUUCAUUGUGAUCAUGUAUAAUACACAUUUUUAAUAUCUAAAUAUUGUGAUUUAAAUCUAUUUAUCUUGAUGGUGUAUAUUGAAAUGAUAAUCAUCGAAUUUAUGUAUAUUCAUUAACAGAAUAAAUAUAUAUA